GUUCCUCUCACUUGUUCUGUUUGAGCAACACAGUUUUUUUCUGAGCAUCCUGCUGUGGUCAGAGCCGUUGAUCCUCAUUUUUCUCACCAAUUCUGUCAAACGGUGAGAAAGAAAAGCAGCACGGAGCGUUUCUCGCAUCUACUGAUCAAGACUCUUUACGUCUGCUUUAAAGUCUUCAAACAAAGUUGCGAUGUCAUCAGUGUCUUUGUUUUUCUUCGAAAUUCUUUUGGUUUCUGUCGUGGCUGGUGAGGCAACAAGUGAGCUGCUCCCCAUGAGCUUUGGCAACAAUUUCACCACCCUAGAACCCAUCAGCACCAAUGAAACCAUCACCACAAAUGUCACGAACCAUCCUUCUACCACUUUUACUCUACCCAACUCCUCCACACCAAUGUACACCAACAACCAGAGCUCAUCUGUAACCACUGGUUCGAAUGACGAAGAUUCUAAUGAUAACGUUCGAGGAAACACACCUACGCCUAAGCCCAAACAAACCAUCAUGACCACCAAAACCACAACACCUACCACUACUAAAAAGACAAGCACCACUGCUAAAAAUAUCCACCAUACAUCUAACAGCGGUGACAAAACUGGAAUCAUUAUUUUGAUUGUGCUCAUCCUGUUGGUUUUGGGGUUUGGGAUUACUUGUUGCAUCAUUCAAAGGAGACGUUCACACCUCUCUGUGAAUUUUACCACCUCCAGAGUCGAUGAAGUCAACAUCCCUCUCAGCGCUGCAGAGCCUGAAGUUGGUUCUGCACCUCUAAACGGACACUUUUCAGGCUUCCAAAGCCUUGAAGGGACUCAAACAACUGAAAAAGUGCCAGAAGUGCCUGAAGGGAAUCUUGAAUCACAGGAGGAGCAGAAAGCUGAGGCUGAUAAACCUGCUGAUUCCAGCGCUGAGGCUGAAGCUCCAGCUCCAGCUGCUGCUCCAGCUCCAGCUCCAGCUCCAGACAACCCAGAGGACAAAUCUAAAGCAGACGCGGUCGAUCAAAGCACCCCUGCUACUGUGGAGCCCAGUUCAGAGGAGAAAACUGACGAUGAAGAUGGAGUCUCCAGCAAAACCUCUGUGGAGUCCCUGAAGGAGACAAACGAGAACAACAGCAACAACGUUGACUCUGGUCAGAUAAGAGAAAGGCACCAGCUGAGGGAAGUUCGUGUUGACGCUCCGGAAUGAGAAGCAGCUGCCAUCUUGUGUCCAUGCCGUUCAUCAGAAACAAGAUUUCAGAAGAAGCCUCAGGGGAUGAGAACAUAUCUAUUCAAAGCGUGAGGAAACUGUCACUGAAAACAAUUUGGAGCUAAAUGUUUGUUGCAAAGCAUAUCAUUGAACUUUAAAUGUAAAUUAAGCUAAUUGUUUAGUAUUUUUUUCAACUGAAUUUAUAUGUAUUAAAAGAAGUUAUUGAAAUGAUCUUAAUUUACAAUUUAACAGUUCAAAGAGGUGUGUUGUGCUGAAUUUAUCUGUUUUAUUAGGAAUGUAUUCUAGGAAAAUCAGUGGUUAGUAAGUAUUUCUGCAGCUGUCAUUAAUGUCCAAUGUUAGCAGAGAAAGAUGGAGACAUGAUGGUGGUUAAGUGCAUCUUGUACAGUCUCACAUCUGGCCACAUGAAGCUCUGCACAAACGUUGAAGAAAACACUGUAAACUUUCAUUUGUUUCUUUCAAAGUUUUAAAGAAACAUUUUAAGUUUCCCACUUUUCCCUCCUACUGGUUGAAAGCGGAAAUACAACUGUUGUGAAAAGCCCUCCAGCAGCCUGCUGUAGCUAGCGCUAAUAAGCCAACGCUAACACAAGCCAACUGAUAUUAAAGGAGUUGUUCACAGAAAAAAUAUUUUUAAUUAUUAUUUCUAACUAUUAUUGGUCACUGAGUUUUUUACGAAGCUAAACAUGAUAAUAAUCUUCCACCUGAGGCUAGGUGUCCAAAUAUAAAGAAAUUAGACUCCAUAUCUUCUCGUCUGAAGCUCAACUCUCAUGUGGCUCACUUCUAUUUCCUGAAAUAGGAGCACCAGGAUUUUUUUUUUUGCUGAGUUUGACUUGCAAGGCAUCAUUCUAACUAGAGAUCCCUGCGAAUGUGAUGAUUAAACGAGUGAACCACACCUUUAAAUUUACCACAAACUAAAAAGAUCCACACUGUUGGACAAAAACAUUAUUACUUACAAGUCUAGUAGCAAAAAACCCAGGUCAUGCAUCAUCAAACUGUGAUUUAAUAUCCUCCUUCAGCUUCCUCAAUUGAGCAUAGGUUGCGCUAAUGUUCACUCUGUUUUGACUCCUUGUUUCGCCUCCAAAGACAUUACUCCCUUUUACUUCACUUUUACUUCCAGGCUGCACAAUAAUGCCGACAAAAUAAUGGCAAAAUUCUUCUUUUAUUUAUUCUUGUAUUAUUUAUUGACAAUUGGCCAAUGGAUAAGGCUAACUGCUAGCCUUUAUAUGAGCCACCAACAUGAUAAACAGCUAUUGUGGGUAUAGACCUCCAACUAGUGCACCUACCCAAACCACAAAACUGUUAAAUGUAGUUUCUGGUCAGUAGACGGCUGCAGGUGUCUGUCCAGUGUGAAGUUGCUUAAGUUUGGCUCAAGAAUCACUGAAACCGGUUUAAAAGCAAUAGCUUAGAUUGGUUAAAAAACGUUUUAGUGUUGCUUUAAUCAAAGUUCUCCACCUCAUUCGUGAUCAUUUAUGAUAUAAAUUUUAUAGAUACCUGACUGUAAAUGCUACCACUAUAAUUAUCCCAAAUAACAGACCUUCAUAUUUUUCACACAAAGCAAAGGAAAUAUUAACUUCUCCUAAAUAAACUCUUAUUUUUAAUGAGUAGUAUUUGUGAAAUCAGAAACAUAAAAAAUGAAUAGUUAAACAGUGAAGGUUGUAAAAUAUUAACAUUAUUACAUUUAGAGUUGUCAUAUGUUUCAUGUGGAUGUUGUUUGGUGUUCUUUCUGUUCAGUAGUUUAUAGUUGUUGUGAUUUAAAUGGAAUUACAUUUUUUGAAAUAAAAGUAUUCGUUACAUCCUGUACUUUUUUCUACAUUUCACCCACCUUAACAUGUAUCUAUUUAUUAUAGUCAGUAAGUUAUAGUAAGUAUAUUUGAUCUUAUCAAAUUCUGAUUGAAUGGAUUUGACACCUUAUUAAAUUACAUUUUGUCAGACAAUCUCAGUCUAUAUUAUUCAAUCCUUGAUCACAAAAACAACACUGGAAUAUUUUCCGUGUGUGGCAUGAAGUGAUAUAAAUGAAGUUUUCCUUCAUGCUGGUGAAGCUUCUCAGGCAAUCAGGUCAUGGUUCUCCAAAGGGGUUCAUGUGAAGGCAACUGGACUUUUUUGGUUUCUUGAAGACGUUUUGCUUCUGAUCCAAGAAGCGUUGUCAGUUCUGACUGGAAUGUGGGAGGGUCAAGUUUAUAAACUGUAGCUGUCUAUUGUUGCUCAAUGAGCUGAAACUACCAAUGAAUACCCCUCCUCCCUAUCCACCGAGGAGUCAUUGAAGUCGUAGGGCAUAUUGUUUUUCUUUAAAUCUGCUAUAGAAAUUUUUGAAAACAAAUUAGCUUAAAACUUUUGUUCAUGCCUCUAAACAAAGUUCUAACAUAGUAUAUCUAUAAAUAUAUUGUGGAGUAAAAACAAAUAUUCAAUAAAGAGGUUUUCUUGAAUUUGUCUAAAAACCUCCAUUGAUAACAAGUUUCAGACCCAAAGCAACUAUUGGACUAUCCAGUUGUCGGUCUUGCCGAACCGCCGCAAUUCCACACUUCCCUCUGUCCUCCAUUCAUUCCGCAUUUGAGUAUUUAGAAACAGAUCAUCCUGGUUUGAGAGGUUCUCUGCUCAAUAAUAUCAGAAAGGGAGAGCCGGCUGUUACUAAUUCAACUUUAGGACAAACUACCAGAGUCCAAAAAAGAAAAACACCAUUUGACAAGAAGAGACAUUUGGACCUAGAAAACGGCGACUGAUGUUUUCUCCAGCAUCGUGGGUUUCCAGUUCUGGCAUUAGCAUCUCGGGGAAGAUAUCCAAGGGGAGGGGUGAGUGUUCUGUGAUUAGGGAUGGGUACCUUUGACAUUUGAAUCGAUCCGGUACUAAUUCCUGGUACCUACGAAUCGAUACCGGCACUUAACAGUACCAAAUUUUUGAUACUUUUGAGUGUUUAAUAUUUUUAAUUCUUUUUUAAAAUUAAGUAUAUAUUUUUCUCAACAUAUAACCAUAUUUGAUAAAUAUCACGAUAAAUAACAUACAACUGUUUUAACAUUGUCCUUGUAGUUUUAUAAGCUGAUAAUUAAACUGAAGCAAACAUCUUUACUGUGAACUAAAUUUACUGUGUAUCUUCAUUCCUUUUACCGUCCUUUUUCAAUUGAUUUUUCCUACUGGGAAGUUAGAAUUUCCGAGGAGAAAGCGAAUGCACCAUUAGAUGAUAACAAUGGUGGCAUAGGAAGCUAACAUAUCAAGCUAAUGUUAUCUUAAACAGUUUAUUUAACUGCUGGAGCAGAUUUAAACGAUGAUGCCUCACACUUAGAUCGUUGUUGCUGGUUUCAUCUUCACCCAAUCACCCGUCGCAUUUAGUAAAGUGAAGCCAAACUUUAGAGCGCGUUCAUGUUCUUCCAGUUGGAAUUUCGGAGUUCCGAGGAGAAAGCGAACGCGCCAUUAGUGAAACGGAAGCUAACAAAUCAAGCUAACGUUAUGUUAAACAUUUUAUUUACCUACCGGAGCAGAUUAAGAUGAGGAUGUCUCACUUAGAUCGUUGUCGCUGGUUUUCAUCAUCAUCCAGUUACCCAUCACAUUUAGUGAAGUGGACCCAAGCUUUAGCUUCAUUUUUCAAAUGAAGUGAAUCGGUGCUCGGUCGGUACUGUGGAAUUCGGUCGGUACCUUAAAAAGUACCGAAUUCGGUACCCAUCCCUAUCUGUGAUUGUGUGUGUUCAAAACCUAGCUUGUAAGGAAACCUAGAUUUGCCACAAGUUUAUGGUAACACUACACACAUGGACACCAGUUCACGAUUUAUCACACUAUAAAGUUCUCUUGAUCUCCAUGUUCAUUUCAAAUUAGUCACAGCAGGCUUAAUCAUAAGUUUACUGUUUAAUUUUAUGAGCCAUAUAACAUCUUUAUUAUUUCUAUCAACGACAACGACUUCCCCAGUGUUUGAAACUCAUCCAGCUGCUAUAUACAGACUGUUUCUACGGGCUCCUGUUUAACUACGGUUGAUGGUGUGGAUCACCUUCCCACAGAAGGCUUUAAUCCACCAUCAACCACUGAGCCUGAGACACAGCCAUGACGGCAGGGGCUCUUCUGAAACUUGUAUGUGGGCUCCUUAAACCCAACCACAAUCAUUGAUACCCGGCAACAAACUCCAGCAGAACACAAACCUCCUCUUCCUCGGAACUGGAUCCAAAGGUUUCAGUUAUCCUCUAUUUAUACACACUGUAUAUUUACAACAUGCUGCUCAGUAGCGGUUUUAGGCACGGGCAGACAGGGCAGUUGCCCGGGGCGGCAUUUUUUCAUGACACAAAAGGGGCGCACAAGCGCGGAGUAAAAAAAAAAAAAAGGAAAUCUGCGCCGCACCGAGGUUUUCUAUUAUCUGUCAUAUGACAGUGUCUGGAUUGGAAACAGCAAGUUGGCGCCCCCUGCAGUUGCAGGCGCUCCUGCUGACUGAGAACGUUCACGUGCUCCGUGUGUCUAUGAAGAACAGGAAGGGGAGGGGUUCGGCGGGGGAAUUCACCUCUGCGUCUUUCCCAGAUGAAAUGAGCGUGCAGGGGCUGAAUCAACUGUAUUAACAUGGCUAAAGUCAAUCACAUCUUAACGUUCUUCCAUAUUUCAUUCAUAAUAUCAUAAACACAGGCCUAUCAUUCUUUCAGGUUUCUCUGAAUUGUGUGAAAUGGCCGAAUAAAAAAAGGAAAAACAAAACGAUUUUGUGGUCACCCCCCCAUCAAGGUCAAAUAGUUUAGUCCUGACUAAAGGAAACUUACUGAGUCAGGAGCCAAACAGAAGAGAUGAACAUAAAAAGGCUAAAACCACCAGGUGCCCGAUUCAGGGGGAAAAAAAGAAAAAAGAGCAGAAAGAUAAAGGUAUGUAGCUCUCAUGAUGCAUGUUUUCAAUUUUUUGAACCAGUUAACUGGGAUUUUAACUGUUAAAUGCGGUCAACUAAUUGCUAACAGAGCUAAUAGGGCUGAAAUAUUUAAACGAAUAUUCAAAUGGUUUGAAAAAAGUCCUUGAAUCGUUUUUUACUGAUUCAAACUAGGAUUUGUUAAAUGCUCGCUGCAGCCUGUGGCCCGCCUGAACAACAACAAACACAUGUUGAUCAUGUUCACAUAAUAAUAAAUGAAACCACUCUACAAGCAGAAGAAAACACCCCAGUCACCACUAACUAUCCUGUUUAUUUAUUGCAGAUGGCUGCACUGAUUAUUUUUUACAUGAUUUGUUCUGUAAAAGUUGGCAUUUUUGGUAGUCUACAGUUUUUUAUGUCAGUUUAAAUUACAAUUUCAGAGGCAAUUCUAAAAUAUUAUGGAUCAUGAGAUCUAUUGGAGAUCUACCCCAACUUUUGGACUGCUCUGCCAGUCACUGUGGCUCAAGCUGAGAGGAGCUUUUCAAAACUUGAUCAAGUCAUACCUGAGGUCAGCUAUGUUUCAGGGGCGGCUCACUAACCUGGCUCUGAUUAGUAUCAAUCACUCAUUAGGGGAGCAGAUUUCAUGUGAUGACAUUAUUGAUGAUGUUGCAUCAAGGUUAGGUUUUAAUUUUAGUUUGUGUUUUCUGUUCUAAGUGCAAUGCUGUAGUGAUUAUCUUUAGUUUGUUAUGUGUGAAAUAUUUUUGCUAUUUAGAAUAUUUAUUAUCUAUUAUGUUCAUAUAUUCUUAAUAUUUAGUUAUUGUUUGUUUUUGUAUAUUUGAUUCUAUAUAUUUUGAUACAGUAUAUAAUGUAUAGUGCUUUACAUUCUGACAACUUCAUAGUAAUUAAUGUAAAUAUGUGCAACUUAGAAAAAUGAAUGUUCAAUAGUCGUUCUAAUAAAACAUGCCUGUUUGUAGAAAACAUGCGUGUGUUCAUGCAGGUGGGGUGGUG